AUGGCUCGUACUCUUAGGAGAAAGACUAGUGUCCCUAACUGUUCUUCUGAUGUUUUCCUUAGUCAAGACCAACCAUUACAAAUAUCAAAUUCUGCAAGCAUGACACCUGAUGGUUCAAUUUGUUCUUCAAAAAGUUCUAUUGGAAGUCAUAACACUUGUCAAUCCCCCAUUUAUUGUUGUUCAACUGAAGGUAUAAAUACACCAGUUAAAAAAUACUUACAUACCAUUCAUAGACAAGUUGAUAGACAUGUUAAUACUUUAAGACCAUCAAAUGAAGAAGUUUUAGCAUCAAUGUUUUUAGAAAAAAAUAGUCGUUUAUUAUAUUCAUACUCUCAAGCAUUAAUAAGUAAAAGUGAUUACAAUAGUUAUCAUAUUCGUAUUUUGCUUAAAUUCUUCAGGUCAAGAGGAAAGUUAACUCAUUUAAUUACUAACCUCUCUGAUAUUGAAAUUGAAACAACUAACUAUAAUAAUGAACUUUUUAGAGGAAACAGUGUUUUCACUCGAGUAUUUUCAGAAUAUUUAAAGAAUUAUUGUAAUGAAUUUCUUCAACACAUCAUUUCUCCAAUUCAAGAGAUAAUUAAAGAAGUUAAAACAAAAAACCAACCGAGUGUAUUAACAGGAGAUGAUUCUUUAAAUGGUUUAUUGUUGGUUUGUACUAUUAAAGAUGUGUUAGAAAAAAUGGCAGUCUCAAUUACAAAAAAUACCUGUUUGUUGCCACCUCAUUUACGUUAUAUUUUAAGACAUAUAUACAAUUCAGUCUACCUUAGUAGAGGAGAGGAGGCUUCAAAACAUGUAUUAGAAACAUUAAUGUUCCUUCGUUUUAUCCUUCCACCAUUAGCUCAAACUCCUCAAUUAUUAAAGAAGUUACAAAGUUUAUUAAAAAUGGCAAACGGUAAGAUCUUUUCAAGGCAUAGUGAUGAUAGACAUGAAACAUUAACUACACGAGAAGAGACAUUAUUUAUUAGUUCUGUUAAUACAUUGUAUAGAGGUAUUAUUACUGGACCUCUUUCUUUUGCAACUUCAUUUAAAGGGGUUAAACGGUCAGAACAAGAUGAAAGUUACAAUGAUAUAGUUCAAGUGAUUAGGUCUGAAAUGAACCGAAUCUCAAAUGUAUUUGGUGAUGGAUUUGAAACUGUCUUUGAUAUAGUCAAAGGAAAAAAAGAUGUUGUUAGUGCUAAUGUAAUUAACGCUGCUGAAGAAAUGACAAGUUGGAUGAUUGAUAGAGAGUAUGAACUUGAAGGUGAAAAUAAAGAAUUAAGAUUGUCUGUGGACUGUUUAAAAAAAGAGUGUUGUAUUCUUAGACAAAAAGUUAUGGAACUACAAACAAAUGAACUAAACUUAUCCAAUUAA